AUGGUGUCCGUGUACCCAAACCCACCUCCAGAUCGGGAUUUCACGCAUUUUUACGGGUUUCAUAUGGGCGGGGAUCCGAUGAAGUUCCCGGGACUGAACGGAGAUGAGAACAGCCUGCUUCAAACGGCGCCGGUUGGGAAUAUGGGUCCGGGUGUGGACGACACGAAUAAGAAAAUCCGGAAGCCGUACACGAUUACCAAGUCAAGAGAGAGCUGGAGCGAGCAGGAGCACGACAAGUUUGUAGAAGCGCUUCACCUAUUUGACCGUGAUUGGAAGAAGAUUGAAGCAUUCGUCGGCUCAAAGACUGUUAUCCAGAUCCGAAGUCAUGCUCAGAAAUAUUUUCUCAAAGUACAAAAAAGUGGAACAAGUGAACAUGUACCUCCCCCACGUCCAAAGAGGAAAGCAGCUCAUCCUUAUCCACAGAAGGCCGCAAAAAAUGCUGUUCCUCAAGCCACUGGUCCUCUGCAAUCUUCAGCUGCUUUAGUGGAGUGUGGAUACGGUGUAGGGUCUGAUUCCUUGUCAAUGUCUGGAAACCCAAAUCAAAUGAGCUCUGCACCUUUAUCUUCUUGGAAUUACAAUGUUAUGGCUGCUGGCAUUUUGCCCCAUACGUCAAAAGACGAUAUUGGAUUAGCUAGUGCUACCAAUAAGUAUAGCGGUGGCAGCAAUGAGAGCAACCCCGGUGUGGGGAAAUUGAACGAGAUGCGUGCAGUGAAACCUUGCAAUAGUGCCUCAAGAGUUAUGCCAGAUUUUGCUCAGGUCUAUAGAUUCAUUGGUAGUGUCUUUGACCCUUCUGCAAGUGAUCAUCUGCAAAGACUUAAAACAAUGGACCCUAUAAAUGUGGAGACGGUGGUGAUGUUAAUGAAGAAUCUAUCUGUCAAUUUGAUUAGCCCUGAAUUUGAGCACCAUAGGAAGUUGUUAUUAAGUAACGGUGGGCUUCAAAGCAAUGUGGUGAGAAAUAAGAUACCGUCUGUAUGA